UUUCAGGAGAUGUGCUUUUUGCUUAAACACAUUUCAAAGAGGCUAGAUUUCCUAUAACCAUGAAAUAGUAUACAUAAGGCUUUCAGUCAUGUGCACGAGUGUCACGAUGAAGAUCUUCACUCUGCUUUGUGUUUUUCUUCUUUAUGGGACUUUGCCUUCAAUUCAAGCAGAGAAACACUCGCUGUAUUACAUUUACACAGCCUUGUCUAAACCUGUGGAUCUGCCGGGCAUCUAUGAAUUCACUGCUAUGGGUCUGCUGGACGACACACAGAUCGACUAUUACAAUAGUAAAGAAAAGAGAAAGAUUCCCAAACAACAGUGGAUGAAAGAGAAACUGAAGGAGGAUUACUGGGAAAAAGGCUCUCAGUCCAGAAAGAGUAAAGAACAGUGGUUUAAUGUGAACGUCCACAUUAUCAUGGACCGCAUGAGACACGAUAAUUCAGAUCUUCAUGUUCUUCAGUGGAGACACGGUUGUGAAGUUGAGCAGGAGGGAGAUGAAGUGAAGUUUCUGAAAGGCAUUUCUGAGUACGGCUAUGAUGGAGAAAACUUCUUGUCUUUUGAUAUUAAAGAGGCUCAAUGGGUCACCUUUAUUGACGCAGCUAUACCAACCAAGAGAAAAUGGGACAAUGUGCCGAUCCUAAACCAAUUCACCAAAGGAUACCUGGAGAAAGAGUGUGUGGACUGGCUCAACAAAUUCAGAGAAUUUGGAGAUGAGAAGCUCAGAAACGGCUCUUCUCCAGAUGUCCAUGUGUUUGAACAGAAGAAUACCAAUGAUGAAACCAAGCUGAAACUCACCUGUCUGGCCACUGGCUUCUACCCCAAAGACGUGAUGGUGACUAUUAGGAAAUAUAACACAUCUCUGCCUGAAGAUGAGAUUGAAUCCACAGGAAUCAGACCAAACCAUGAUGGAUCCUUCCAGAUGAGGAAGAGUGUGGAGAUCAAGGGGAAGGAAAAAGAUGAAUAUGAUUGUUUUGUGUCCCACAAGAGCAUCAAAGAACCAAUAAUCGUCACACUGGCUGCUGAAUCACCGAAUGCAACUAAUCCUGAAGAACCGCAAGAAUCUGAUGAGAAACACUCGCUGUAUUACAUUUACACAGCCUUGUCUAAACCUGUGGAUCUGCCGGGCAUCUAUGAAUUCAGUGCUAUGGGUCUGCUGGACGACACACAGAUCGACUAUUACAAUAGUAAAGAAAAGAGAAAGAUUCCCAAACAACAGUGGAUGAAAGAGAAAAUGCAGGAGGAUUACUGGGAAAAAGGCACUCAGUCCAGAAAGAGUAAAGAACAGUGGUUUAAUGUGAACAUCCAUAUUCUGAUGAGCCGCAUGAGACACAAUGAAUCAGAUCUUCAUGUUCUUCAGUGGAGACACGGUUGUGAAGUUGAGCAGGAGGGAGAUGAAGUGAAGUUUCUCAAAGGCAUUGAUGAGUACGGCUAUGAUGGAGAAAACUUCUUGUCUUUUGAUGAUAAAGAGUCUCAAUGGGCCGCCUUUAUUGAUGAAGCUCUACCAACCAUGAGAAAAUGGGACAAUAUCCCGAUCCUAAACCAAUACACCAAAGGAUACCUGGAGAAAGAGUGUGUGGACUGGCUCAAAAAAUUCAGAGAAUAUGGAGACGAGAAGCUCAGAAACGGCUCUUCUCCAGAUGUCCAUGUGUUUGAACAGAAGAAUACCAAUGACAAAAGCAAGCUGAAACUCACCUGUCUGGCCACUGGCUUCUACCCUAAAGAUGUGAUCUUGACCAUUAGGAAAAAUCACACAUCUCUGCCUGAAGAUGAGAUCGAAUCCACAGGAAUCAGACCAAACCAUGAUGGAUCCUUCCAGAUGAGGAAGAGUGUGGAGAUCAAGGGGAAGGAAAAAGAUGAAUAUGAUUGUUUUGUGUCCCACAAGAGCAUCAAAGAACCAAUUAUCAUCAAACUGGCUGCUGAAUCACAGAAUGCAACUAAUCCUGAAGAACCUGGUGGACAAGACAGUUCUGGAGAAUCACCAGACAUCAGGGCGACUGUUUUCAUAUUUUAUCUCUCUCUCAUAUUUCACUUAAUCUGGAUAUUUUGAAGCACUUUGCUUGAGAAACCGACAUUUUAGACUAAGUAAAAAAAAAAUAAAGAUCUUUUAAUUUGAAAAGAGCUGAUUUUCCAGACUCAAAUUGAAUGUUAUC